AUGCCUGGACCACCUGGUGGAGUAAUACCGGGCCCAGAUGGAGGUCCUCCCCCUGGUCCUAAAGGUGGACGUAUGCCUGGACCACCUGGUGGAGUAAUGCCGGGUCCAGAUGGAGGACCCCCACCGGGUCCUAAAGGUGGCCUUAUGCCUGGACUGCCUGGUGGCGUAAUGCCGGGUCCAGACGGAGGACCUCCGCCUGGUCCUGAAGGUGGGCGUAUGCCUGGACCACCUGGUGGCGUAAUGCCGGGUCCAGAUGGAGGACCCCCGCCGGGUCCGACAGGUGGCCUUAUGCCUGGACCACCUGGUGGCGUAAUUCCGGGCUCAGACGGAGGACCCCCGCCGGGUCCUGAAGGUGGACGUAUGCCUGGACCACCUGGUGGAGUAAUGCCGGGUCCAGAUGGAGGACCUCCGCCUGGUCCUGAAGGUGGGCGUAUGCCUGGACCACCUGGUGGAGUAAUGCCGGGUCCAGAUGGAGGAGCUGGCCCUGGUCCUGAAGGUGGGCGUAUGCCUGGACCACCUGGUGGAGUAAUGCCGGGUCCAGAUGGAGGACCUCCGCCGGGUCCGAAAGGUGGGCGUAUGGCUGGACCACCUGGUGGAGUAAUGCCGGGUCCAGAUGGAGGACCCCCGCCGGGUCCGAAAGGUGGGCGUAUGCCUGGACCACCUGGUGGAGUAAUGCCGGGUCCAGAUGGAGGACCCCCGCCGGGUCCGACAGGUGGCCUUAUGCCUGGACCACCUGGUGGCGUAAUUCCGGGCUCAGACGGAGGACCCCCGCCGGGUCCUGAAGGUGGACGUAUGCCUGGACCACCUGGUGGAGUAAUGCCGGGUCCAGAUGGAGGACCUCCGCCUGGU